CUUGCCCAGCUCCGCGGUUUCGAACUAGGACAGCCCUUCAGGCGUAGCCUCUUCCACCAAUUCGACUUGCAUCGUGCUUGCACGCAAGGAGUUCCCUCGCCUCUCCACCAGUCUGGUCCGCACGCUUCUCUCCCAGUUCCCUGCCUGGUAGAGCCGACUUCAACGGACGUUCCUCGACGCAGGCUGGUAUUCAAAAAUCGGUGGGCGGGCGAUCGCGAUGCGAAGCUAGGGCGAAUCGGUCUUUUUGAGCAUCCCUCCACUUCCUCCCUGGGUUAUAAUAUCCGACUCGACAACGACUCACACGACAUUCUCGACACGCAAUCACAAUUCUCGCGUGCCGAACUUCUCCACCUAUAACACAAUCUCAGGACCAUGGCUUCUGCGGCAUCAUCCCCUCAGCCGCAGCAGGCAGCAUCCUCUGCGAACCUCACGAUAGUCACGGAUGCUCCUAAGCGGCCGGGCCGUCAACGCUCCUCCUCAUAUGCCCGUGAGCGUCUUUCCACACAUUCGAAUGUCUCGCUUGCCUCACACAAUCGGUCACGACCCGGGUCGCAUGUCUUUCCCAUCUUCCAUUCAAGCCUGUCAUAUGCUCUAGUGCGCGAUUUUGCAUACCCUCCGAUACAUCCCCUUCACUAUGGUCCAUUACCUUCUCGUGCGUCCGUAGCAUCCACGCCAGCCAGUGAGCCCCGGCGCUUGUCCGACCCUCCGGCACCGUGGGACAGCUCUCGUGGGCAGUGGUCUUCGGGCCCGUGGAGCACCGACCACAGCUACGGACAUCAGCAGCUUCCUGCCAUGUCCUUUGGCGACGGACCGCCGUACAGCGAAGAUGAAGACCUGCACAGUCCAGUCUUCUCCACACCCCAUCACCGAAAGAACAAGUCCACUGGCACCGAUUCAAACGGGCGAAAGGGCCGCAGAUUCAACCGUGCACACGGAAGCGUAUACUAUGAGAAUGACACUGAGCGGGGCACGCUAGUCAGCAUGAACGCGGAUGGUAGCGAGACAUAUUAUGUGAAUGACGACGACGACGAUGAUAUGGACGAUGGGCCUGGGGGCGAGUAUGUCACCUAUCCAGCCCACGAAAGUCGCUAUUCCCGGACGGGCGAGUACGGCAAUGAUCGAUCCUAUGGACACGACGGUGACUUCGAGUCCGAGGACGAGUAUGGGGCACAUCGGUAUUCGCGGGACUUCCAGUUCGCGGUUGGCUGCCCGGACGAAGAGAUGCAUGGCAAGGCGGUUGCGCUGUUCGAUUUCACGCGUGAACAUGAGAACGAGCUUCCUCUGACAGAGGGCCAAGUGAUCUUCGUGUCAUACCGGCACGGUCAGGGCUGGCUGGUAGCGGAAGACCCCCGGACUGGGGAGAGUGGACUGGUGCCAGAAGAGUUUGUUCGGCUGCUUCGUGAUAUCGAAGGCGGGUUGACGUCGUUGAACGGCGAGCCCGACCCGGAAGAUGAUGACCAGGCUCACCAGCAUAUUUACCAUGACCCGAACUCGACCCCAAACUCUCUUCAGCAGACGAUACCGACGAACGGGCAACAGGAGCAAGAAGACCACCAAAUCCUUGAUCCUACUGUAAACGGAGAGAAAGGGGAAGCAAGAGCUUCCAAGUCAUUGCCGCCCAGCAGUGGCAACAUGGAUUCGAACCUGUCACAUCUGAAUGCAUCGGAGAAGCAGACGAUUGAACCUCCGGCCGAAAAGAACAGUCACAUUCAGGCUUGUUAGCAACCCUGCUCCCUAAUGUAAAUGCACCCCUUCAUUCUACCUGUCAUCCGCCAUACAUACAAUAUGGAAUAUCGAAAGAGACACGGCCAUUUCCUAAACAUCCCUCAUCACGACCCCUUUGC